UCGUAAGAGGCUAAUAUGCUAGAGAUGUUGCACUCCAACGGAGCGCUGCGAUUGGUUGCCCAAAAUGAUUAGGCGGGGCUUAGCGAAGUGUCAAUUGUGAUGCGUAAACAAUAACGUUUUUAUUUAAUUUAUACGUUCCAUUUCAUUGUGAUGUGUAAACAACAACGUUUUUAUUUAAUUUAUACGUUCCAUUUCAUUGUGAUGUCAUUGUUGUUGAGUGCUACCUGGUUAUUUUCCCUUUUCCAAGGAGUUCGACGAGAGUCAAUGCUUUUACCUCAGGAUUUUGUGAAUGAAGAUGGAGCAAAAUGAAGAUGUCAAAGAAAGUGGAAGCGGAUAUUUUAGAUUCAUCAUUCAAAAGGGAGCAAAUCAGAUAGCGCUCCGAAGAUUAUCUGACUGGGACGCUGUUGGGAGAGCAGCAGCAACAGCGGCGGGUUCGAAUGUGUAGGAUAAAGAAAAACCACAUUUUUUGUUGUUGUUCAAUUUAAACGUUAGAUGUCAUAACUCUUUAUCGGACACACACACACACACACACACACACACUUGUCUGACCCUGAGGCCUGUUUACCCGUCAAUGCAGCUGGCCCACUAAAACAUGUUUUUUUGCAGAUGUUUAUGACUAAUUCAUUUGAAAUGUAGAGUUGUUAUUAGCUAGGCUACUGUGCUUUUUUUUUUAAAUAUUUUUUUUUGUAUUCAGGAGAAAAGAUACCGAAUUCUACGAUUACAUUGCCAACAUUACUGAAAGAACACUGUUCGAUGGCUUGAUUAUGGUCACGAUUAUCCUCAACGCUCUGUUCAUGGCUUUGGAGACGGACUAUGAUUUGAAAUACAAACUUUUUGGAUUCUUUGAGAUUGCAGACGAAUUCUUCAUGGCCAUUUACACCAUGGAGUUCUUGAUGAAGGUGUACGUUAACCCCGGGGUUUACUGGAAAAAUGGCUACAAUGUUUUCGAUGCUAUUAUUUUGGUCAUUUCAUUCAUUCCCAUGUUCUCUGAUGGAGGGGACUCCAGUGCAAUGGGGACCAUGCGCAUCGUCCGCGCAUUUCGCUCUUUGCGCGUGCUGAAGACUGUGUCGUUCAUUCGGGGCCUACAGGCGUUGGUUGUAGCUCUGUUCAAGACCAUGAAGAGUGUGGUCUAUGUACUGGGCCUGAUGUUUCUCCUCAUGUUCAUCUUUGCCAUAAUUGGAUAUUACUACUUUGGAGACCCUAACACUGGAGAUCCUGAGAACUGGGGAGACCUGGGCUGUGCACUCUUCACACUUUUCAGUUUAGUGACCGUAGAUGGUUGGACUGAUCUGCAGCAGAACCUCGAUGACCUGGGGAUGAACUCCAGCCGCAUCUUCACCAUCGUCUUCAUCCUUAUCGGCUACUUCAUCUUCUUCAACAUGUUCAUCGGCGUGGUCAUCAUGGAGAUCCAGCAUACAACGAAGCGUUUCGAGAAUGAGGUACAAAGUGAACGGGAGGCUUCGCUGACGCAGAAGAAACACGCCAUCAUCCAGAGACAGAAGAAUGAGAUCAGGAAUCUGAUCCAGAGCCAGACAGGCAACUUCACCAAGCUAGUGGAACAGUUCAACAAGUCUCUGCGUCACACUGAUUACACUGUGAUGGAGGACCUGUGUACCAGCAUGUCCUUCAUAGACAUCUACCUGACCACCCUGGAUCACCAGGACACCACUGCCAACAAGCUGCAGCAGCUGUACUCUGAGGCCAUUCUGAUUCUGAGUGACUUACUGGAAGAAGACUUGAUUGAAAUGGAACAGAAAGCACUGAGAGAGAGUAACAUCAAAAUGAGGGCGUAACAGGUACAGGAACAGGGAUCUGACUGAGAGCUACUGAGAGCUGAAAUCCUUGUUCAUUUGCAUACUGGUAUUCAAAUUAAAAAGAGGACAUAUGUUGGCACGUUUAUAAAGCUGUCUGUCUGUCUGUCAGGGUUUUUGUCUUUGUUGUGGGUUGGCUAUGGUGAUGUCCAGUCCAUUAGCCUAGAGCUGGCAGACAAUGGUCUUCAAAAUGUCUCCAGGAUCCAUCCCAAAUGCCACUCUAUUCCCUAGAUAGUGCGCUACUUUUUAACCAGAGCCCCAAGGACCAUGUUUAAAUAAGUGCACUAAGUAGGGAAUGGGUGCCGUUUGGGAUGCACCCCCCAGACCAGGCUGUCAGCCAGGCAGGGAGAGUCCAGUCCAGAUGGCCCACAUAGUGAUGUCUGUACUGAGGUUUGGGGCCACUGUGAGGUAAACUACUAUCUGUAGAAUCUGGAGGCCCAUGUAACCCCUCUGUCUGAACAGCCACAGACAGGCACAACACGUCAUCUGUUACACAGGGACUUUAUAUGGAGUUCUGGAUGAUUCAUUCUCCCAACUCAAUACAUGGGUCAUGAACUAUAGGCCCACUGUAGCUCAGUUGGUAGAGCAUGGCGCUUGCAACGCCAGGGUUGUGGGUUCGAUUCCCACGGGGGACCAGUAUUUAAAAAAAAUAAUAAUAAAAAUGUAUGCAUUCUACUGUAAGUUGCUCUGGAUAAGAGUGUCUGCUAAAUGACUCAAAUGACAAAUGUGUGCACUCUACUGUAAGUCGCUCUGGAUAAGAGCAUCUGCUAAAUGACUAAAAUGUAAACUAUCUUCUCACUAGUUGCAAACCUGUUUGGUACAAGCAUUGGUUGUCAAUGCAUUUCUCUCUGUUUUGGAGUAGUAAGACACUAUUGCUAUAAGACAUGUUCAGAGGGAAGUAGACUCCCCAGUAAUAGGCUUCCCCUUUAUGCAUAGAAAUACCUGUUUGAAUAUUUACAGGCUAUAAAAAUUAAAACCUUAGCAUUUGCUCUUCAAUGAUAUACAAAGACUGGGGUGUGGGCUAAUUCGGGGAAAAUAUAUGAUUGUUUUUGACAGUGUCUUGUUUUUAUUAUGAUGUCAUGAACAACGUAACAAACAAACAACGGGUGUAUGAAUCUCCCAUUGACAUCAGUCCUUGGUUUACACGCUUUGAGUUAGGAAAGCGUUUGUCAAGGGUUAGGCCCAUGGGUGUUAUCUGAUCGUCAAACACUUGAUCAGCCCUUAGCAAACUCUGCCAAUAUGUAAUUUGUUGUAUCUUGAUUUAUUUGUAUAAUAUUUUACAUAAGUUAUUUGAUUCUUUAUAUAUAGCCUAUUGCAUUCAAAAAUAAUACAUUGAUGUUUGUGACCAGUGACAUAAAAGUAGAAUAAUAAUAUAUUUAUUUUUUAAAUGAAGAAAGACUAAAACGCGAUGACCCCUGUAAAAGGCAGAUUAUCAAUCAUUGAAAGUACAUAAACAUUGUAGUUACAGGAUAGUAUGGCGUGAAUAUCAUCCUAAUGGGUCAGUACUAUAGUUAUGGGAUUGGCUGAAGGUGUGAACCUGGGAGAUAUCGUAUUGAUUCCUCUCGUAAUAACUGUAAAGAGAAAAAAACAUCUCGCUUGACAACUGCAAACACUCAUAGUCGUUGUAAAAUCUCGCUGAUUAUUCGCGUUAUCACAGUUAUUCCGCGAUGCGGUUUAAUUUUGCUAUAUUGGUAGGGGCCUGUAUUAAAGUGUGUUAGGCUUAUGAGCUGGAAUUGGAUAUUGUGAGAAUUUGGCCUCACAAUAUCCAAUUCCAGCUCGUAAGCCUAACAGUAUGAGUGUAUAUCCCCGCUGAAGCAUUUUCUCGACAGUAAAAAAGAAAAGUCUAAAAACGAAUAGCCUAGGCUGAAAAAUAAGUGAUGAAGAAACCAAGCUGGAAGGGGGGGGGGAGAUGCCAAGUCGCUCGCCAGUAGCAAGUCUCAGCUUUUCAUCAUAGCGAGUUUGAUUACUUAAAGGAGUUGCCUGGUCUAAAUGCUCUUGCAGUAGCCUGCUUCUCAUCUGUGGUUCAGCCCACAUCAUUCAAACCACAACGCAUUGUCAACAGAAUACGAUCUGUAAUGUGAAAUAUCCAGUCGAACGGAAAGCACAGACAGCAGUCGUCGGAAUGCUCAUUGACUGGCAGAAUAUGGAUGUUAACUGUGUUAAACAGGUCAAGAUUGGUCUGAGUUGUCAUCAAUUAAAUCAUGUAUUCUAAGCCGGUAUAGGCUAUUUACUAGCAUGAGUCAUGACUCCCUGCCAAAAUAAAGGUUAAAUAAAAAAAUACUACCAACUCCCAUUUUAUUCCAUAAACUUGGAAAAUGUUUGUGUUCGUUUAUACCUUUUCCCUUUAUUAAAUAGAUACCUGAAAUAAACUACUAUCUGCUUUAUUGUAUUCAAACAGAUCAUAAACACAUGAAGUUACUUUUCAAUCACCUUUUGUAUACAGUAUAAUGGACUUUGCUUUAUCUUACAUAAUUAUCAACUUGUACAAAACACGUUGCACUGAAGUUAAAGCAUGCGGGAUUUCUAUUUUCAGCACAUAAAAAAUGAGAAAAUACUCCAGACAAAGCAGGCUAUAAAAAUGAAAUUCACGCUAAAAAAAGAAUUGACACAUAACCGGGCCCGUGGCACCCCCUGCAUAGACGGUAAAGCACACAUGAGCAAUAUAAGCUAUGUACAAUAUAAUUAUUUUUCUACCGAGUCUGGAUACGCCUUUUUGUUGCACUUCUUGUUCCUAAUCCAAGACCAGGAGUAUAUAGGCCUAGGCCUAUACAAGUCACGUUUAAAAUUGGUUUGAGUCCUCAAAGCAAGCAAGCGAAAAAUACACAGAAGUUCCUUUGUUUCUUAUGUUCAAUGUUGCAAUGUAACACGUCUUCAUCACUUUUUAAAUCAAAAAAAAAAAAGCAUUUAAAUUGUUGUGCAAGUUCAAUG